CAGGGGAGGGGGCUCCCGGGGAGAAUGGUGAAGGCGCCUAGAAUGAGGGCGUGGAUCUCAGAGUGGGUUGAGGCGGAGCUAGGGGAGGCAUUCAGGAGAGGGUAUAAAGACUCUACCGAGCCGAGGUAGGGUCCGAGCUGAGAACUUCAGAGGGAAUGGGAUAGGGGGCAGGAGAAACUAUUCAGAAAGUUUGAGACAAGGGGAGGGGCUCAGAUAUGGGUGGAGCUUAAGUUAAUUUAGAAUUAUGUAGGUAGUUGGGCGGAGUCAAAGACCAAGAAGGUAGAGGCGGGGCCUAGGAAAAUACAGGCAGGAGAGAGGGCGCGGCCCAGAAGGUAGACGUAACCUACCGAGAGGAGGCCAGACUCGCCAGAAUGUGCUGAGGGUGGAGGCUUCCUGAUCCCAGGGCUGAAGGAUGGCUGCCUUUGCCCGCCUGCUGGAGCGUCUCCUCUGGCCAGCUCGCGAAAAACAGGAGUCCGAAGAGGAGGAGGAGGGGCACAGGACUCAGCACGGGCCUCAGUUGCUCCUGGACGCGCCGCGAUGCGUCCAGCGGCCGCACGGGGGUGCGGCCGCGUCUUGUGGCCUGCGCUUCGGGGCGAGCGCUGUGCAAGGCUGGCGCGCGCACAUGGAGGACGCGCAUUGCGCUUGGCUCGAGCUGCCCGGGCUACCGCCAGGCUGGGCAUUCUUUGCGGUCCUCGACGGCCACGGCGGGGCGCGAGCUGCCCUCUUCGGCGCGCGCCACCUGCCGGGCCACGUGCUCGAGGCACUGGGCCCAGCGCCUGGCGAACCCGAGGGAGUGCGUGGGGCGCUACGCCGAGCCUUUCUGAGCGCAGACUCACGGCUGCGUGCGCUCUGGCCUCGGGGCGAGCCGGGGGGCUCCACCGCCGUGGCGUUGCUCGUCUCCCCGCGAUUUCUAUACCUGGCGCACUGCGGUGACUCCCGAGCGAUGCUGAGUCGCGCCGGCGCCGUGGCCUUCAGCACCGAGGACCAUCGGCCCCUCCGGCCCCGAGAACGCGAGCGCAUCCACAACGCGGGAGGCAUCAUCCGCCGCCGGCGCCUUGAAGGCUCUCUGGCAGUAUCCCGAGCGCUGGGCGACUUUGCUUACAAAGAAGCUCCGGGAAGGCCCCCUGAGCUGCAGCUCGUUUCCGCGGAACCUGAGGUGACCGCCCUGGCUCGCCAGGGUGAGGAUGAGUUCUUGCUAUUGGCCUCCGACGGUGUGUGGGACGCGAUGUCUGGCGCUGCCCUGGCGGGACUGGUAGCAUCGCGCCUCUGCUUGGGCCUGGCCCCGGAGCUUCUCUGUGCGCAGCUACUGGACACGUGUCUGUGCAAGGGCAGCCUGGACAACAUGACCUGCAUCCUGGUUUGCUUCCCCGGGGCCCCCAGGCCUUGUGAGGAGGCGAUCAGGAAGGAGCUAGCGCUGGACGCAGCCCUGGGCCGCAGGGUCGCCGAGCUGUGUUCCUCUGCUCAGGAGCCCCCCAGCCUGAACACGGUUUUCUGGACUCUGGCCUCAGAGGACAUCCCAGAUUUACCUCCUGGGGGAGGGCUGUACUGCAAGGCUGCUGUCCUUGCUGAAGCUUAUUCUCAGCUCUGCCAGGCCCCAGGACGCCACUGGCAGAAGGGCCCAAAUGGGGCUGGAAAGCCCACUGGCACCCAUUCAGACUCUUCCUUAGACUGGAAGCCCUGACAGCCGUUGCCCUUUGGGGAUCCUCUGCCCAGCCGCGGCCUCAAAGGAACUAAGGAAGAGAACCUCUUCCCCAGCUACACAGACCAGCGGAAGGAAGACAAACAGAUGGAGGAACCCCGGAAUGCUUAUUUCCCCUUCUCCUCCUUCCCUCUCACAGAAAGUCUUAUGAGGGGAAAUUCCACCCACCCUCUGAACUUAAAAAAAAAAAAAAAAAAAGAAGGAAAGAAACAAAAAACUACCCCAAAC